AUGGGGACACUGAGAUAUACCCAGGCCAGUAAUCUGGACAAGUUCAUUGAAAACAAUCUCCUGCCGGACACUACUUUCCGCAAGCUGGUCAAAGAAGCCAUUGAUGUUAUCUGCACAUUCCUGAAGGAGCGGUGCUUCCGCCAGAGCUGCCUCCCUGUGCGGGUGUUGAAGGUUGUGAAGGGAGGCUCUUCCGGGAAAGGCACCGCCCUCAGAGGCAGAUCUGACGCCGACCUCGUCGUCUUCCUCAGCCAUUUCACAAGUUUUCAUGAGCAGCUAGAACGCCGGGGAAUGUUCAUUGAGGAAAUCAGGAAACAGUUGGAAGCAUGUCAGAGAGAGAAAGUAUUUAAAGUGAAAUUUGAAGUCCACAGUCGAUGGCAAAACCCUCGUGUGCUCAGUUUCAGUCUGAGUUCCCAAUACCUUAACCAGUGGGUGGAUUUUGAUGUGCUGCCUGCCUUCGAUGCCCUGGGCCAGGUGACUAGAGGCUACAGACCUGACCCCCAAAUCUACGUCCAGCUCAUCAGCGAGUCCUUCCAGGGAGGUGAGUUCUCUACCUGCUUCACGGAGCUGCAAAGAGACUUCCUGAAGCAGCGUCCCCCCAAGCUGAAGAGCCUCAUCCGCCUGGUUAAGCACUGGUACCAACUGUGUAAAGAAAAGCUGGGGAAGCCAUUGCCGCCACAAUAUGCCCUGGAACUCCUGACAGUCUACGCGUGGGAGAAUGGGAGCAACGAAACAUACUUCAACACAGCACAGGGCUUCCGGACAGUCCUGGAGUUAGUCGUAGAUUACAAACAGCUUUGCAUCUACUGGACACAGUAUUACAACUUUGAAAACUCCACUGUUUGCAAAUAUUUGAUCAACAAACUCCAGGAGCCCAGGCCUGUGAUUCUGGACCCAGCUGACCCUACCGGAAACGUGGCUGAUGGAGACCCAGAGAGCUGGCUGCGGCUGGCCCGGGAGGCUUGUGAUUGGCUGACCUACCCAUGCUUUGAGAACAGCAAUUGGUCUCCAGUGAAGUGCUGGAAUGUGCCGGUAAGACCUCCUCCUUCCUGUUGUCCAUUCCCCUCGACUUCCUGCACACAACUUGGGACCUGGAGCUGGAGACCAUUCUCCCCUAAGCAGGUCCGGCUCUACAUUUUACUGUCAUUUUGGCCCCAAUCAGAAGGUUCCUGA